UAUUAUUUUCUAUUUUAUGGUGUGGCGGCCUUCGGUCCAGCACGUUUUAACUUUGUGUUUCUAUCAUGACUACGUUCGGUGCAAAACUGGAGCAUCUUUUAUGCUCAAGGGCUGAAAUUAUCAGCCGAAUGCACAGGCCCCCACCAGCUGAAGGGAAUGAUUUGGAACGCCUUUUGAACCUACCUCCGAACACAAACUCGGCAAUACAGGCGCCAUCACCCAAUGUUCCAGUUUGGCCGGAUGAACAGGCAGCAGCAUUUUGCGCAGUUGCUCCUUCUAUUGAAACAUUCAUGGAUGUUCCUGAUGAAAUCCGUCGGAACCAAUUUUAUGCUACAUGUCGACAUGAUGAUGUAUUAGUGGGUGUUAUCAGUGUUAUACAAGAUUCAGGUCUUGUAGUCUCUAUUCUGGCAUAUGAUCAAGGACCUCGACGGGUAAAAAAAAAAUACAAGAAUUGGGAAUUCGAGUGCUAGAUCGGGGUUGGAAUAAAGGGAUUCCAGUUGUCUUUGUCUUCUCUCUCUCUCUCGUGCUUGCCAGCCAAUCAGGGAUAGAAUAGUUUUCGUCUCUCU